CUUAUCCAGUCAGAGCUAAGAACUGGAACAAUACAUUUUCCCCACGUUUAAUCCCUCUCAGCAUCAGCCAUUGCAUGGUUCACUGUUUCAGUGGGCCUGUGCCCCUGGUGUGGUGACCGAGACGGUACACCAACCGGAACCCCGGUCCCCUCCUGUCUGUCGCCGCUCUUGGCCGCUCGUGCUCUCUCGGUUAAGGGGCGAGUGCGCACUCCCGAGACACCAGGAAAUAUGGCGGCGCUCAUGACUCUCAGUCAGUUAUCAAGUGGAAUCCCUGCCUAUGAGAGCUAUUAUAGACAGCUUGAUCCGGGAAACACAGGCAAAAUAUCAGCUGGAGAUGCAGCUCAGUUCCUUAAGAAGUCUGGGCUGUCAGACAGUACAUUGGGGAAGAUUUGGGAUUUGGCAGAUUCAGAAAGAAAAGGCUAUUUGGAUAAGCGGGGUUUCUUCAUAGCUUUGAGACUGGUGGCCUCAGCACAGGGUGGAAAUGAUAUCAGCCUCAAUAACCUCAACCAAAACUUAUCUGCACCCAAAUUUAAAGACACUAACAGCCCAAGUGUUUUGACAACAGGACCUGACUCACAGUGGGCAAUUAGGCCUGAUGAAAAAGGGAAGUUUGAGGGCAUUUUUGAGAGUCUGUCCCCUGUAAAUGGCCUCCUCCCUGGUGAUAAAGUCAGGCCAAUUUUGAUAAACUCCAAGUUACCUCUGGAUGUGUUAGGAAAGAUUUGGGACCUAAGUGAUGUAGACAAAGAUGGACACUUGGACAAAGAAGAAUUCACAGUGGCCAUGCAUCUUGUGUAUCGCACCAUGGAGAAGGAGCCUGUCCCAACUACCUUACCCACUUCCCUCAUCCCCCCUUCUAAAAGGAAGAAGUCUGCAGGUGCUCUGCCAGGUGCUGUGGCUGUGCUGCCUGCUCUGUCCGGGCUUACGGCUGGCCCGGCUGCUCUCAAAGAGUCCCUGCGAAGCACUCCUCCUCUGGGCAGUGGUCUUCUCCUCAGCACUAGUACUGUCAACCUCUCUCCAAAACACUCCUUUAAAUCCAGCUCACCGCCAGCGGUGAACUGGGUGGUACCGGUGGCUGACAGGGAAAGAUAUGAUGAUAUCUUCAAGAAAACAGACACCGACAACGACGGCCUCGUUAAUGGAACUGAGGUCAUAGAGAUCUUCAUGCUGUCCAGUCUCUCCCAGACUAUGCUGGCACAGAUAUGGGGACUCGCUGACACUAAACAGACGGGCAAGCUGACCAGGGAGCAGUUCUCUCUGGCAAUGUAUCUGAUCCAGCAGAAGGCCACUAAAGGCAUAGACCCUCCCUCCACUCUAACCCCAGACAUGAUUCCCCCAUCAGAAAGGACUGCAGCUUCAGCGGUGGGCACUAGCUAUGCAGGGCUUAUGUCAGCUGUGAGACCUGAACUUUCUCCACUGGUUAAUAUGUGCAGAGACAGCACCAGCUCCACGGGGUCGGCCGAGCUGGCAGGCAUCAAAGAGCUGGAAGACCUCAGCCAGGAAAUAGCUCAGCUGCAGAGUGAGAAAUUCAUUCUGGAGCAAGAGAUAAGGGAAAAGGAGGAAGCCAUCAGAAAACAAAAUAGUGAAGUUCAGGACAUGCAGAAUGGCUUGGACAGGGAGAGCAACAGCCUGCAGGACCUGGAGUCGCAGAAGCAGGAUGCCCAAGAACGUCUGGAGGAGAUGGACCAACAGCGCUCCAAGCUGGAGGGAAUGCUCAAUGAUGUCAAGCAGAAGUGUCAGGAAGAGUCCCAGAUGAUCUCGUCCCUGCAGAGCCAGAUCCGCUCUCAGGAGACCGACCUUCGGAGCCAGGAGGAUGAACUGAGCCGCACCAAGGUGGACCUGAGCAGGCUGCAGGAGGAGGAGGCCCAGCUGGAGCAGAGCCUCCUCUCUGGUCGUAUCCAGCUGGACAGCAUCGUUAAGUCGCUCAAAACCACUCAGGAAGAGAUCAACCGGGCUCGCAGUAAGCUGUCACUGAUCCAGGACAGCCAAAAGGAGAUGACCAAGACCAUUGAGCAGUACAACAGCUCUUUGAGCGACAUCAACGGAGGAAACUUCAGCAACCUGCCGGACUUAAGUGAAGGGUUUGCUGAGAAGGAAAAUGGAGGUUUCAGAAGUACGGAUGACUCUUUCAAGUCAAAGAUAGCCAUGUUCAACAGCAGCAGUAUUAAGGAGCCUCCAGCAGACCCCUUCCAGACAGAGGACCCCUUCAAGUCCGACCCCUUCAAAGAUCCAUUUGGAGGAGAUCCUUUCAAAGAAAGCGAUCCCUUCAAAGGCACCUCAUCUGAAGAUUUUUUUAAGAGAACAGACAAGUCAGACCUGUUUGGAUCCUCAGACCCCUUCAGUAGAAAACCCACGCCACCAGCAAAGCCAAGCGCCUUCAGCAGUGGUGACCCUUUCACAUCAAACAGCCCAAAACCAAAGGAUUCAGAUGUGUUUGGGACAACAGACCCCUUUGGAAACAACUCUUUUGGAAGCAAGGGGGGUGGAUUUGCCGACUUUAGUCAGAUGUCCAAGAAGUCAGACAACCCUGUGCUCCCAUCAAAGAAAAAUGUGCCUAACCGACCUGCACCUCCCUAUGUAGGUAUGCUCAGUUUGACUUCACCAUUGCCGUUCCAGAACAUUUGCUCCACAGCAGACAGUAAAGACUCUUUUGUUACGACACACUUGAGUAAAGCAUCCAAAGACUGUCCUGUGGGUUCUGCAGAUUUGGGGUCUUUUGGAAGUGAGAUCCAGCAACUGGAGUGGGCCAAGCGUGAGAGCGAGCGUGAGGAGCAGGAGAGGCUGAGGAGGCUGCGGCUCCAGGAGCAGCGGGACCUGGAGCUGGCCAUCGCUCUCAGCAGGGCCGACAUGCCCAGCUCCUGACCAGGCAUGCCCCCACCACAGCUUCAUCCUUCUGCCUUACAGUCCUCUCCUUCCGCAAGCUCAUGACAACAGCACCAACACUAGCCCGACAUGACUAGCUGCCCCUGUUACCAGUUUGUGUAAGAGACCAGUGUUUCUCCAGCCAUGACUGGACUCAUGUUAAAUGACUCCACAUUUAGCAACCAGUUAAGGUUCAUCGCUCCCAAACUACAUGGCAACUAUAAUCAGGGACAAUACAGAGCCACUAGAUUUAAGCCUGGCUUCAUCCUGCAAGAACAUAGCGAUUUAAUGAAACCCAAACCAGCAGGGUACUUGACGACAACCUACAUCUAGCUCCAUAUCUUGUUAUGGCUAAUCACCCUGACUUAUCCAAAAGCCUUUCUGUUGCAAGAAAAAAAUAACCUUUUAAGAAUAUUUUACUGUUUUAUUUAUAUGCAAAAGCAAUGAGUCUGUGGUGUAUGAAGUACUUGUACAAUGUGCUGUAUAAACUGUUUUUAUAUAACCUUUAAUUACUCAGAAAAAAUUCACAUUGAAAGUCAAACCAUAUACGCUAACUGCUCUGUUGGCCUAUGAUUGAGUUUGUCCAAUUUCAAAUUUUUUUUUUUUUUUUUUAAAGAAACUCCUUCAUGUACUGUAAAUAUUGUUGGAUGAUGGUUUUAUAUACAAGCCUUGGAAGAGUGGAGUCAAUCUUUAAAAAACAAACCUGUCUUAAAGGACUGGAGCUUAGUGAUCAGAUCACCAAUGGCAUGAUUUAUAUUUUUAUUUCAAAUGUUACAAGUGUUUCUUGCCAUUUAUGCCCGCAUAUCAACUAUUUAUGGCCUUAAAGUACAUGGACUGAAGAAAUGUUUGAAUAUAAUCAAACCAUCAACAGGGAUAUACAUGUCAAAGUAAAAAUACGAUGUUUUGGGAAUCCCUGCUCAGCAUUUUAGUCCUAAUAUAGCUUUGGUUAAAUAUGAUUUGGCCCCGUUUCAUCGGUCACCUCUUGUGUAUAUACAAUAAUUCAGAUGCUAGCGAUAAUCAUUGAAGUCUUCCUUUCUUAUGAACAAAGUUCAGUCCACCCCGAGCACUAUUGCACCAUCUCUCCUAUGUCAACAGCUUGUGUUUAUCAUUGGGUGCGUUGUUGUAACGGCCAAACAACUUGCACUCCCAUACAACUAAAAGCCUCUAUAAAUUGGAAAUAGUGUAAACCUACAUUGUUUAUACUGGUGCUGUUACACUUAGCCUUGUCCUUUUUACUUCUUCACACUACCACUGAUGCACAGUUACAUCUACGUCCAACUUUUUGCCUUUCUCUCAACCCUCAUAUCAACCAUUGGAUCUUUUUUUUUUCUGUGGAUUUCUGUUCAUUAAUGUCUUAUGAUCCAGUUUGAGGAAAUUAGUUUAAAUGCCUUAAAAUAUUGCAUCCUCGUAAUUAUAUAACACUAAUCAGGUUUAUUCGGCACAUAAUGUAUGCACUGUAUAUUCCAGAGUUUACUGGACAUGUACAGAGUGACAGCGCCUUAUUUAUCAACAUAUCAACAUUGCAAAAUGUAAUAUUGCACUGUAUGUAUGUGAAUAUAAACGAAUCUCAGAGUUUUGAGUUUCUUAAAACUGUAAUAACUUUUAAUUGAAUAAAAGUGAUUUUUAACAUUUCA